AUGGGAGAGGAAGCUCUUCAUCGUGAUGCAAGUAGUCUGGCAAACAUCGAUAUAAGUGUGGAGAAUUCGGACUACGGCACUGUCACCAACGAUAACGCCUCUGAAACCAUGGCCCAACCUCUCUGGAAAAGACUCUUCCCAAACGGAUUUAAAUCAGAGUUGAAACAGAUUUUUGCACUGUCUUGGCCGGUGUACUUGACAGCUUUGUUUAACUUCAUCCUGGGUCCUAUCAGCUUAAUAUUCUGUGGACAUUUGGGGCGAUAUGAACUGGACGGGGCGGCCUUGGCUAUCUCCUUGCUGAACAUAACGGGAUUGUCUAUAUGCACAGGACUCUGCACCGCCUGUGACACGUUAUUCGCACAGAAUAAAGUCUAUCCACCUGUAGUUAUUGGAGGGCUAGGUAACAUACUGAACGCAUUGGGGCAGUACAUAGCCGUCUAUGUCCUAGGAUAUGGAAUCAGAAACACUUAUACUUCCUUGUCUUUGUCCCUUCACAGAGGUUCGGCAGUGGCACAAGCCCUGGCAUUUGCUGCGAUGAGCUUCGCAACUUUAUUCUACAUCAUAUUUAGUGGAACGUACAAGAAAACGUGGCCAGGUUGGUCUUGGAAGGCAUUAGAACAUUGGGGACUGUUUCUGCGACUCGCAAUUCCAGGUCUUGUCAUGAUGGGUAUUGAAAUGUGGAGUUUUGAGAUAGGAAUAUUUCUCAAUGGACUCCUCGGAGAAGUAGAACUGGGUGCCACUUCUGUGACAUUUCAGAUAGAAGCCAUCUUGUAUAUGAUCCCACUGGGGAUUUCUUUAUCCUGCAGCAUUCGUGUGGGUCAGAACUUGGGAGCCGGAAACGCCAACGCAGCAAAAACGUCAGCCAGGGUCGCUCAGGCGUUUGCACUGGUUGUUUUCGUGGUAAGCGCUGUUUUACUUCUGUCACUGAAGAAUGUGCUGCCGGUUGUGUUCACAGAGGAUCCUGACAUUAUUGAUCUCGUCUCCCGGACGAUACCUCUCAUUGUCUUCAUACAGUUUCUGGAUGCCAUAACGGCCACAACCAUGGGAACACUCCGAGGCUGCGGACACCAGCUGGCAGGCGCCAUCUUCAACUUUAUCGGCUACGUCGUUCUUACCGUGCCACUGGCCGUUGUUUUGAUGUUUGUGGUAAAAGUGGGAGCUCUGGGGUUUUGGUUGGGACUGUGUAUGGGUAUCACUGUUGUAUCGGUGGUCUACAUAAUCUGGAUGUUCAGGAUAAACUGGGAAGCAGAAGUGAGCAAGGCACGAAAGAGGGCAUCGGAAUUUAAACGGAAGAGAAAUAAUACGGAAAACACUCCACUGAUUUCGGAACGCCAAGACAUCAUCUCCACAACAGAGGAAACAGAAGCGUUGGUAAGGAGUACGCUCUAUCUGAGUAGCAGUCUGGAAAUGUCGAUGACUGAGAGUGUGGACACGUCUCUGACAUCCCAUCACAAGGCCCUGCUCACCUUGAAACGUAUUCUGGCUGUCCUGAUAACAUUGGCUGUAUUAGUCGGCUGUCUGUUGAUUCGACUCUAUGUGCCGCUACCGCGACAAGACCAGCUCUGGAACUCUACUCUGCUCACGGUUGUUGUCAGUACAGGAACAUAA